AGAGCGCCUCCUACUUCCGUUAGAAGAGUUGAACUAAAAUUAGUCGAGCCCGCGCCCGCAAGAUAAUGUCGUAUGCUGAUUUAAGUGUUGUAAAUUGCGACAGGAAAGUAUUACUAGAAAAGAUUGGAUUAGCGGUAAAACUUGGAUAUGAAGUUAUUGCAAUAGACAUUGUUCAUACUCCUAUGAAAAAUGUUACAAAGAAAAAGAAAAAGCAGAAGGAAUCCAGUUCACAGUCUACUGAUGGAAUGGUGAAAGCCUGUUCAUUAAAACUUACUGAAGAAGAAUUGAAAAAUCUCCAAGUUGACAGUAAACGCAUUAAGAUUCUGAGCAGAGUGACUCUGAAUGUGACAGACAGUGAGCAGUUGCAACAUUUGAUGUUGCCAGAGAUCCAGGAAUUUGACAUUGUUGCUGUUCGACCGACGUCUUCUGAAAUAUUUGUUAAAGCCGCAAAGUAUACCAACCUUGAUAUAAUACAGCUGGAAAUGGAGAAAAGUAUAAAAAUAAUAACACCAGGAGGACUAAGCGAGGGCAUGCAGAAAGGGAUUCAUUUUGAAAUUCAGUACAGUCCCGCCAUUAGAGACAGUUCUGUUAAAAGAUAUCUCAUCUCCAACUCCCAGCUCCUUGCCAGUUUUAGUAAAUCUAAGAACAUCAUAAUUUCCAGUGGAUCAGAAAGGGCAAUAGAACAGCGUGGACCACAUGAUGUAGCAAAUCUAGGCCUUCUGUUCGGACUCAAUGAAGCACAAGCCAAGAAUGCCGUCACCAGGAGUUGUCGGAGUGUGUUGCUUCAUGCAGAGGAGAGAAGAGCCUUAAAAGCUGCAGUAGCCCUGUCAUCAGGUGACCUACCAGACGACCAGAAGUGGGUCAAGGACAAAUUGAGUGAGAUUCAUUCUGAAGAGAGUACAGAAGGAUCCUCUCCAAAGAAGAGAAAAGUGGAAUGACCAUCAGAAUUUCACGUAGUGAUGAGAAAAGUGGAAUGACCAUCAGAAUUUCACGUAGUGAAGAGAAAAGUGGAAUGACCAUCAGAAUUUCACGUAGUGAUGAGAAAAGUGGAAUGACCAUCAGAAUUUCACGUAGUGAUGAGAAAAGUGGAAUGACCAUCAGAAUUUCACGUAGUGAUGAGAAAAGUGGAAUGAUGAAAUGAGUAAUUUGGCAACAUUUGUUCAGCAGUUAAAGUUACAUUGAAUGAUCAGAUACAAAAUAUAUUCAGAUGCAUAAAAUAUCAAGCACCCUGGAGGGGUAUAGGUGUAGAGUUUAAAAUGAUAAAAUAUCAAAACACAUGAAAGUGA